AUGCCUUACUUCAUUCCAAUAUCUGUCAAGAUUGCUCUUGGUCUCGGUGCUGUUACAGGAGCUACUUUGGCUGUCGUGAGCAAUAAAGAAAAGCUUUUGGAAGCAACUGAGUCCAUUUUGCAGAAAGGAGCAAACUAUUGUAGAGUGAAACUAGAGGAAGCCAAACAAGCUAAUCACCAUUUUGCAGACUCCUAUGAGGAUCAUUCGUUUGCUGAGACUUCUCUGAACCACUCGAGUGGAUUAAGGAGGCGCAAGGAAGCUGGCUUCAGUGAUGCAGAUGAAGCGACUACUCCUGAUGAUAGUGAUUAUUCGGAUUAUGAUGACGAGGAGCUUGAAAUGGAUCCUUUAGAUUGA